CGGACUCGUGUGUCGAGGAGAAAUGAUCAACUCAUCACUGAUAUUACGAUGCUAUUGAGCUAUGCCUGAGUGAAAGAUUAAUGUAACUCCUUUGAGAAAGAAAACAUUAGCUCUUCAUUCCAACCAUAAUCAUCUACGAAGCGCUGUUUUUUUCUGAAGGACAUGCUGCUAUAUUCUUAAAAUGAAGCUCCCAAAUGUAGCGUUUCGUGUAGAUGACACUGGUGAAAUUCCUGAUGGAGCUCGGGUCAUGACCAAAGAUGAGGUAUACAAUUACCAAAUGCAAAAAGUUAUAAAUUAUAAACCCAGAUCUGACAUGUACAUGAUUUUAAAGGCAAAUGACCUUGUUGCUUGUGGAUCAUUCUUGUCUACAGUAGGAGUAGUGUCAAUAUUUCGCAAUGUAUUUAAAGUACCUUUUACUAAAGGAUCUAUCUCAACUGUGAUACCAGUUGUAGGAGGCUCUGUUAUUAUGGCAGCAAUAAUGCAUGGUGUACCAAGACAUAAAAUCAUACUUGGUAAUUCUUCCCAGUCAAUCAGAUGGAGAUCAGGAAUAAGUAAUGGUAUAGCUUGUGGACUUAUUUCAUCAAUGUUAAGCUUGUCAUAUUGCUUGAGCUUGAGGCGUAGAAUAGAUGGAAGCACCUAUGUUCAGAUCUUUAAAUCUGUUAAUAUCAAACAAUUGUUCUAUAUAUGUCUUGGUGUGACAUUCUUGCAAUCUUGUGCUGGGUAUUUUAUAGCAGAUCAAGAAAUUAACUGUUUAGAAAAAGCAACAUUAUUUCAGCAUAAACAUUUGACUAACACUGAAGAAAAGGAAUCCACCUCUUAUGAUUAAAAAAAAUAAAGGGAGAAAUAUUUCUUUGAGUGAUGUGUGUAAAAUAUAUAUAAUUUUUUGUGACUCAACUUUUAUGUUACAUGUUUUUGAGUCCUUAUACAAAUAAAUCCUGUAAUUGUAGAGUAAAAUUUGAAAAAUAUUUA